AUACGUGUUGUCUAACUUUACAAAUUUUAAAAUCAAAUUUAACAAUUUUUUACACCAAAUAUAGUAACAUUUUUUUCGAUUUGAAAAAUUAAAUAGGGUUAACUAAUUUAUAGUUUUUGUUCUUAGUUAAAAAAUAAAUAAUACAACUAGUUAUGCAAUACGCUUCAUGGUGAUGUUUGUUGCCGUACUUAUAUAUAUAUAUACUUAACCUCACUUUUUUAAACUUAUUGAGUGUUGUUUUUAUCGUAAAUUAAAAUGGAAAAUAACAUUUUACGUGAUUUAAAUCUAUCAGUACAUCAUGAAAUUUAUUUCGAUGAUGCAAACACCUCCGAUAGUUUACGAAAAUUACUGGUGCAUUUGGUAAAAGCGUCUCCCGAAACUUUAUCCAAUGAAAAUAUUUGUGCUUUAAUUAACGAUAAACUCGAAUCGUAUAUAAAUAAAAACGAUGAAACUAUUUACGAUGAUAAAUUAAAAACUGUAUUAACAAAAUCUAAUAACGUCGUAAGUUCUAAUUUCAAAUCGAAAUUAGGUACUAUAAAUCCUAAAUCGUUCAUAAAACCUUUACCUUGUGCUACAGAAUCGAUAAGUUACUGCCCUGAGUCGGAAAAUUUAAGUAAAACAGAAUUAGAAGAGUUUUUGGAUACUUUUAAGAAUCGUUUAGUAACUAAUCGAAACGUUAAACAAGUUUUGUACCCCGAAAGAAAAACUACAACUACAGAUAUGAAAAUAGGAAAAGAAACUAGUGGGGCAUUCAAAACUGCUAGGGAAGAACUAGAUUUACAAAAUUUUAAAAAGUACGGUACUACAACUCAGAUUGCUAAAAGGAAAUUAGGGCAUAGAAGGAACGUUAAUAGUAAAUUCAUAUCGCCGUGUUUAUCGCACAGUAAUGAAGAUGUAAAACAAGACGAAACGUCUAUCGAAAUAGACGAUCGUUUAAAACACAUAGAACCCAAAAUGAUCGAACUGAUCAAAUCUGAAAUAAUGGAUAGCGAAACUACACUACAUUGGAACGACAUAGCGGGUUUAUCUUUCGCUAAAACGGCGAUACAAGAAGCAGUAGUAUGGCCGAUGCUACGACCUGAUAUAUUCACCGGUUUGAGGAGACCUCCUAAAGGGAUAUUACUGUUUGGUCCGCCCGGUACGGGCAAAACCCUAAUAGGUAAAUGCGUAGCUUCGCAAAGUAAAUCGACGUUUUUCAGUAUAAGCGCUUCGUCUUUAACGUCAAAAUGGAUCGGGGACGGGGAAAAGAUGGUUAGGGCUCUGUUUACCGUUGCGCGAGUACAUCAACCCUCGGUGAUAUUCAUCGACGAGGUGGAUUCUCUUUUAUCCCAAAGGACGGAUACGGAGCACGAAAGUUCGCGUAGGAUCAAAACGGAGUUUUUGGUGCAAUUGGACGGGGCCACGACGGAAACGGAAGAAAGGAUCUUGGUUAUUGGAGCUACGAAUCGACCCCAAGAAUUGGAUGAAGCCGCGCGUAGGAGGUUCGUUAAACGGUUGUAUAUACCGCUACCGGAAUACGAGGCAAGAUUGGAAUUAAUAAAAAAAUUGAUCGCAAACGAGAAACAUCAAUUGGACGAUCGACAUUUGGAAUCUGUAGCCAAACGAUCCGAAGGAUAUUCCGGGGCGGAUAUAAAAAAUCUUUGUUCGGAGGCUUCGCUCGGUCCGAUACGUUCCAUCGAUAUGAAUAUGAUCGAACAUAUACAAGCGAAUCAAGUGCGUCCUCUGUUGAUUGAGGAUUUUGAAAAGGCGUUGAGUAGAGUUAAAUCAAGCGUUUCCCCGGAUGAUUUGGAACAAUACCUGUCUUGGGAUAAAAUUUACGGUUCCGGAUUUUAAAAAAUAACGUUUUUUUGUCAUUAAAAUUAACUAUCGACAUGGAAAAAUUACGAAAAAACAUUGUUUUGUUCAGAAAAAUUCGUGUUUUGUUUCUUAUAAAUCGAAAUUUCGUUACUACCUUGUAUAUUUUUAUGUAAGAUUUUUAAUAAAAUUAAAUAAAACA